AUGGGCAAUUCGAUGUUGCGAGAACAACUUUGCGGAAAUAUUUGCGGUUGCGAUCGGCCUCAACCAAUUGGCUAUGCUGUGACCACCAGUGCGCCACAUAUGCAUAGUUUUGGAAGAUACACUUCAACCUGAUUUCGAAUCUAUCUUGUUGGCAUGUUAUCGAAACGUCUUCUUUCAACAUUGAUCUCGACAUCAUCAUGUCGGUUCAUGCAAACAAGCGCGAUCGUUAAUUCAAGUCAACAACAAAAUUCUCAUACGAAUUAUGAUAGAUCAGUUUAUGAUUCAACACGCAAGAAUCUAUACAUUGGCGCCGAUACACGUGUAAUUUGCCAAGGUUUUACUGGUAAACAAGGAACAUUUCACUCACAACAAGCACUUGACUAUGGAACAAAAUUGGUCGGUGGUGUUAGUCCUAAGAAAGCCGGCACAAAACAUUUAGGUUUACCAGUAUUUAAAAAUGUUCACGACGCCAUGAAAGAAACCGGUGCCACGGCAACAGUUAUCUACGUCCCACCCCCAGGAGCAGCCGAAGCGAUUCUCGAAGCUAUCGAUGCUGGCAUUGGUCUAAUUGUCUGUAUUACAGAAGGUAUUCCUCAACACGAUAUGGUUAAAGUUAAGCAUCAAUUGGUAAGACAAAACAAAUCUCGUCUUGUCGGACCAAACUGCCCAGGUGUUAUUGCUCCUGGUAAAUGUAAGAUUGGUAUUAUGCCUGGUCAUAUUCAUCGACCAGGACCAAUCGGCAUUGUCUCACGUAGUGGUACGUUAACAUACGAAGCUGUACAUCAAACCAGUCAAGUUGGCCUUGGCCAAUCAUUGUGUGUUGGUAUUGGUGGUGAUCCAUUCAAUGGCACUGACUUUAUUGAUUGCUUGGAGUUAUUCUUAAAAGACAAAAAUACACACGGUAUUAUUCUUAUUGGUGAAAUCGGUGGCAAUGCUGAAGAAGCAGCUGCUGAAUAUCUCAAACAGAAGAACACUGGUUCAAACGCUAAACCAGUCGUUGCUUUUAUUGCUGGACAAACUGCUCCACCUGGCCGUCGUAUGGGCCAUGCUGGCGCUAUCAUCAGUGGCAAAUCCGGUGGUGCCGACAGUAAAAUUCAAGCAUUGAAAGAUGCUCAAGUGAAUGUGAGUGAUUCGCCGGCCAAGAUGGGUCAAUUGAUGUACAAGUUAAUGAAAGGUGAAGACCAUCCUCUUAGUCAAAAACAAACACAGUGA